AUGGGUAUCGACAGUGCAGAAGAUGAACAAGAGCUCAAAAAGUCCAAGAUCAUCGGGAUAAUCGGGUUGGGAGACAUGGGUCUUCUUUACGCCAGGAGGUUUGGCGAGGCCGGAUGGAGAGUUAUCGCAUGCGACCGUGAAGAGCUAUACGACACCAUGGCGGCCAAGUACCAGGAUGAGAAGUUUGAAACAAGGCGCAAUGGCCAUUUGGUUUCUCGGGAAGCGGACUAUAUCAUCUACAGUGUCGAGGCUGAAAACAUCGGCAAGAUUGUUGCUCUUUACGGUCCCUCGACGAAAUAUGGCUCGGUUGUUGGCGGUCAAACCUCGUGUAAGGCCCCCGAGAUUGAAGCGUUUGAAACGCAUUUGCCUUUAGAUACCAAGAUUGUCUCGCUACAUUCGUUGCAUGGGCCGAAAGUCAACACUACGGGACAGCCAUUGGUUAUCAUACCCCACAGAAGCAACCAAAACUCGCUCCGGUUUGUGCGGUUACUUGUAUCAUGUUUGAAUUCCAAAGUUGUCGAGUUGACCGCGAAAGAACACGAUCGAAUCACUGCAGACACACAAGCUGUGACCCACGCGGCGUUCUUGUCCAUGGGGGUUGCCUGGCGCACUUCGAACCAGUACCCUUGGAGGACACCCAAAUGGAUUGGUGGUAUCGAAAACGCCAAAAUCAACAUUUCACUUCGAAUAUUUUCAAAUAAAUGGCACGUCUAUGCCGGCUUGGCAAUCACAAACCCUUCGGCUCAUGACCAAGUGCUUCAAUACUCGAAAUCCACCACGGAACUAUUCACAUUGAUGAUACAGGGCAAACGCGAGGAAUUGAACCAACGAUUGCAAAAGGUCAAGCGGUUCCUUUUCCAUCAUAUCAACAAUGACGAUCUCUUGUUGAAUGAUGACAUCUUGAAGGAGUUUUCGUUGAGCAAGACGCCGCCAGAGGGCAAGCAGCCCAACUCGCAUCUUUCAAUCUUGGCCAUUGCCGAUAGUUGGUUCAAUUUGGGGAUUGUUCCCUAUGAUCACAUUAUCUGCUCGACUCCGCUUUUCAGAAUCUUUUUAGGAGUUACUGAAUAUGUGUUUUGUACUCCUGGUUUGCUAGAAGAGAGUAUAGAAGUAGCUGCCAACGACCCUACCUUCCGCCAAGAUGAUUUACAUUUUACAAUUGCUGCUGAAUCGUGGGCCAAAAUUAUCAAAUUUGGCAAUUUCCAACUAUACCGCGAAGAGUUUGACAAGACGCAGGCUUUCUUUCAGCCAAUGUUUCAAGAAGCCAAUACCAUUGGCAAUGCCAUGAUUAAAACGAUAUUGGAACGAGUCAAGGAAAGAGACCUGACAAAAGAGUAA